AGGACUCUUUCCGGUGUAACGAUGGACAGUGUCUUCACAAUCGAUCGAUGUGUGAUGGCCAGGCUGAUUGCAAUGAUUUCUCUGACGAAUUAAACUGCCCUUCUAGUUGUAGACACGUGCUGAAGCAGAACACGGGUAACUUGGAAUUUUCAAGCGGCCAAUACCAGAGUCACACGAGCUGUUUGUGGACGAUCGAGGUUGCGAAGGGAACAAAAAUUAAACUAACGUUUUCGGAUUUGAUUUGGAAGAGAAUGCAGAUUUCGUUAAGAUUUAUUCUGGGUCCGACAACUUUUUAGAGAGCCGCCUGGUGGACCAACUGACCGGUAGACACCAACAAAAGAUCGUUUACUCACUGUCCAAUGUAGCCUUUAUUCGGUUUUACAAAGACCACAGUGUCAUCAGAGAUGGGUUCACCUUAGAAUGGACAAACGAUAUUGAAAACCUUAUAACCACUUCGAUCCUUUUAAGUGCCGAAGCAACUCCGAAGAUAUUAACAUCCCAGUUACCUGCAGAUACUUUGCCGAAUACCGAUCAAUGCUGGCAUAUCAAAACAAGUUCGGCACCUGUCAUUAACUUACAGAUUGAAAUCCUGGAAUUCAAGGCAGGAACAUCGGGUUAUUUGCUCAUAAGCUAUGGCAAUGUCUCGGACAUUGUUGCGAAUUUCACUUCUUUGGACGUGACCACAUUGCUAGUUUCUAACUCUAAAGACGUACAUGUAUGUCUGCAUACUAACCCCGACGAACAACCAGGAAAUUUAGUCCUUUACUACAGCGAAGGCUGUGAUAUCCAGCUGGAAUCAAAUCUUGUAAGUAUCAGUUCUCCUGGAUACAACUGGAUAGAACCUAACAACAGUAUCGCUGCCAAAAACGUUACGUGUGACUGGACGGUUCCAGAAUACGGAGUCUACAGCAGGAAGUUCGGGUUAAUACUUCAAGACGUUUACCAUGUAAAUGACAAAACUUUAAUGGUCACCUAUGAUGACAAAGGUGAAAUCGCAGUCGGUGAGGACUUAGCUCAAGUAUUACCUGGAAAGUCAGUUCUUAACAUACAAUUCAAAUCGCCAGAAUCAGGAACAGAGGAAAGAUUCUUAGCUUUAGUCGCUGCAAGUUGCCCAUUCCUAGCAAACACAACGUUUAAAAGACUCACAGGAAGCAGUGCAGAGAAGAAACUUUACGAAUUUGGAAGCACGGUGCUAGCGACCUGUAAGCCUGGUUAUUCAUUCAACCAGAUUGAUGCACAAAAUACUGAACUGGUAAUCACAUGCCUAACAGGCGGAUUUUGGAAUGUUAGUCAACAUUGCCAAAAAGUUAUAUGCGGUGAUGCUCCAGUUGUUGCGAAUGGAUUUGUGACACGUUCAUCAGGCGUGAAUUACGACUCCUCGGCCAAUUACAAGUGUAUGAGUGGCUUUCUAUUAAAUGGGCCAGCUAUAGCUAUGUGCCAGGAAAAUGGCCAGUGGAGUACAACUCCAAUAUGCAGCAAGGUCACCUGUCCAGCAAUUCCAACCACCCCUCACCUGACCAGCGAUGCCAGCGAUGCCAACAACUAUAACUCAGUCGUAAAUUUCUCUUGCGACCCUGGUUACACGGUCGAUGGUUCCAUAAAGAUUUUUUGCGGAAUGGACGGGAAGUGGUCGAAUCCAAUCCCUACAUGUAAAGAAAUCAAAUGUGUCGUUCCUAUUACUUCGCUCUAUAACACCUCUGAUAAAGCCGUUCCGUAUCAAAGCGUCAUAUCUUUCAAAUGUCCAAAAGGUUUUGUGAUUGAGAACAUGAAUAAAAGCACCACAGGUGUCACCUGCAAUGAAGGGGGUAACUUUGAUAGCCCACCAAAAUGUGAAGAUUACAAUGAAUGUGUAGUAGAUCCUUGCAAACAGAACGAGGUUUGUACUAAUACCGAAGGAAGCCACAGGUGUGACUGUCGGACAGGUUUUCAUAGAGUGAACGGCGUUUGUACAGAUAUAGAUGAAUGCAGUACAGGUAUGCACCUUUGUGAACAAAUCUGCAAGAAUACCGAGGGCAGCUACCAAUGUGACUGUAAGGAAGGAUACAUGAAACACUCAGUGGAUAUAACAGAUCUUAUCAAUAAUAUAAAUGUGAACAACCAGAUGGCGGUCUAUUGUAAAAAAAUUAGCUGCCCAACUCCUAUGAUUCCUAAUACGGGGAACAAUAUGAUAUCGCCGCGGCAUGAAUACUUUUACCAGGACAGAGUUAAAUACAGUUGUAAUUUUGGUUAUGUAGUCUCUGGAGCGGACACUAUUAUUUGUACAUCUUCCGGCACUUGGAGCUACAGGCCAGCAUGCAAGCGUGCGACAUGUAAGAACAUAGAUGCAACUGAAAGGAAUGAUGUGAAUAUGGUCUCAUUUGAACCCCAGACCAACACCAUUGAGUUUGGUGACAAAGUAACGAUCGUCUGCCAAGGAAACGUGAGUAGAGAACUGAUCUGUGCCUACAACAGAGACAAGCGGGUCUACGAACUACAAGGGAACACCGACAAAUGCCCAGCUCCCAGAUGUUGGCCUCCAAUUCUUAAGAAUGCGGUAUUUGCAUCUCAACCCAGCACAAACGUUGGAUCAAAAUUCGAGCUGGUUUGCGAAGCGAACUAUUACGUCAGUGGACAGAGUUCCCAGAGUGACAAAUUUAUAAGAUGCCAGACCAAUGGACUGUGGGACGUUGGAAGUCUUUUUUGUAAAGAGCAAAGAUGUCGUGACCCAGGGACUCCUGGUGACAGUGUUCAAAUCUCAUCAAGCUACAAACUCGGAUCAGAAGUUAGCUACAGAUGCUCGAAACAAGGCUACACAUUAACUUCAACUGCGCCACUGAAGUGUGUUGAGAUCAAUGGCGUUUUACUCUGGGACAGAACUUUGCCAACUUGCCAAGAUACUGAGGCCCCUACAAUAUCCAACUGCCCCACGGAUCCUAUCUAUGUUGAUCCACUGCAGCAGCUCACAUUGCCCACUCUUCAGGUUAUUGACAAUUCUGGUAUCUACCAAAUGCUGCUGCCAGACAACUUUAAUCCAUCUCAAGUGAUAACCAAAGAUGAAACGAUAACAAUUACUUAUAAAGAUUUCUCUGGAAAUCAAAACAGCUGUGUGAUACAAGUCAAACUACGAAAUCGGCCACAAAUGAAGCUGACAUGUCCAACCGACAUCACUAUGGAAGAAGAAACCACAAAACUUACCUUGAAGGACAAAAUACAGGGAGAACACUACGUUACACUCGUUGUGGACCCAGAAGAAAUCAUUCGUGAUAGUAAAACAAUUGGCAAAGAGAUUUUGGUUAAAGUGCAUGCAUCGAAUGGAACUCAAACGGUGAACUGUUCGUUUUACGUCCAUGUCAAAGGUAAAGAAUGA